AUGGUUUCAAGAAAUUUCGCCCGAGACUUAGUGAUAGGCAGUGUUGUCCUCAUGAGUUUCGUUUUUGAGAUAUGCAUAUCGAACGAGAUCCUUCCGCCACCUUGCUUCAGUGAAAUAUACUGCCAUGGUCGGCUAUUGGACACAAUUCAAAGAGCGAAAAUCCAUACAGACUCCAAAACAUUUGUUGAUAUGAAACUGAAACAUUUGCCCAAUGAAACUCUUCAUCUCUUCGACCAGUUCAUGACCAGAUUCCACCAAAAACCUGGCAAAGCCGACGUUGAUAAUUUCGUUAAAGUCAAUUUCGAACCAGAAGGAAUGGAAUUUGAAGAUUGGGACCCUCAGGACUGGAUACCGCACCCGAAAUUCGUAGAUGGGAUCAAAGAUCCCGAAUUUAAAGAAUGGGGAUUAUCCCUGAAUAAUAUCUGGAAAAACCUUGGACGCAAAAUGAAGCCUGAAGUCAAAGAGGACAAGGACUUGUACAGUAUCAUUUGGGUUCCACAUCCUGUUAUAGUCCCUGGCGGUAGAUUCAGGGAAUUUUACUAUUGGGACUCCUACUGGAUCAUCCAAGGACUACUGCUUUCCGAAAUGAGUGAUACUGCCAAGGGAAUGCUGCAAAACUUCCUUUACAUGGUUGAUAACUACGGCCUCAUCCCGAACGGUGGUAGAGUCUACUAUCUAGCUAGAUCCCAGCCACCCAUGAUGCUGCCCAUGAUCAAGCUGUACCUAGAUUAUACCAACGAUGUGGAUUUCAUCAGGACCAACAUAGGCACCAUGGAGAAGGAAUUCCGUUUCUGGAUGAACAACCAUACGAGGACGAUUGAAGUCGAUGGAGUAAAUUACACUCUGGCUUUGUAUGGGGACAGAUCUAGGGGCCCAAGGCCAGAGUCCUACUCGGAGGAUAUAGAGAGUGCUGCUUUCUUCGAGGAUCCUCUCAAAAAGGAAACAUUCUAUUCGGAAUUGAAAGCUGGGGCCGAGUCCGGUUGGGAUUUCUCUAGUAGGUGGUUCAUCAAUGACGCUACAAAUAAAGGUAACCUGACAACUAUAAAGACCAGAUCCAUAGUUCCUGUAGAUUUAAACGCAAUUAUUUAUUGGAAUGCUGCUUUGCUCUCCGAGUUCCACGAGCUACUGGGUAACGAAGAGAAAGCUCAGCAUUACAGUGACAUAGCUUCUAGAUGGAUGGAAGCAGUAGAAGCCGUGCUGUGGCACGAAGAAAUAGGUUCCUGGCUGGACUACGACACCAUCAACCAAGUGAAGAGAGACUUUUUCCACCCAACGAAUAUCGCCCCUCUUUGGACCGGGUGCUACAAUACCGCUAACAAAGACAAUACGGUGAGAAGUGUGCUCAAGUACCUCCAGAACAAGAACAUUCUCUACCCUGGCGGUAUCCCCACAACGGUGGAACACACGGGAGAACAGUGGGACUAUCCCAAUGCAUGGCCACCUCUCCAGCAUAUGAUGAUAGUGGGCCUCAACAAUACUGGCGAUGAGCAUGCUAAAAGACUGGCCUACGAAAUCGCCGCAAAAUGGACGAGGUCGAACUACAAGGCAUUCAAACAGUCUGGUGCUAUGUAUGAAAAGUAUGAUGCAACAGUUAGUGGUGGCCAUGGAGGUGGUGGUGAAUAUGAGCUCCAGCAAGGUUUUGGCUGGACCAAUGGAGUGAUAAUGGAUCUGCUCUAUCGAUAUGGGGAUGAUUUGACGGUUGAGGAUCCUGAACCAGCAGUGAAGUCGCAGAAUAGCCAGAGUAGCAGUUCAGCUUCUUCCAGUAUUACUUCCAUAACAACGGCAUUGAUAGCUCUGCUAGUGUCUCUUACAGCUGGAUUCAUAGGGGUGUUAAUUUACAAGAGAAGAACACAAAAAUCUUCUGCUAUUUUGGACAACAGAAGACCGUCGACUGCAAAAUACACAGAGCUCAGAAAUAUGCCUAAUAUUGAUAAAAACAUGAGGUGA